UUCCAAAAUAUUAAUUUUUUAUAAUUUUGACAACAAAAAUAAAACAACAUUUUAUUAAAAUUUUUGUAAAAAAUGAAAAUAGUUGUAAAAUCAGAGGUACAAGAGGAAAUGACUUCAACUUUUGACCAAAAUGAACAAAUGAAUGAUGUAUCUAGCGCUUUGACAACUUUUGGAAGCAAUGACCUGUUGAUGAACAAUCCAACAAUUGUUCGGUAG